CUAUUUCUCUUAUUCAUCUUCUCAAUGGGAUACUAUCACAACUCCUCUUCAUAUCAUUUCUCCACUAAUUUUUCGAUAUUGCCUUCAACCCCUCUAUUUUUGUAGAGGGUGAAAUAUUGGAGGGAGCCGCCGAGAAGACGACGGAAGAAAGAGAGUUGUAAGAAGCAUGGGGUGAACAGGGGACCGGUCGCCGAUGGAAGAAAUGAAUCGGAGUAACAGGGAUCUGUCGCCGGCGGGGAACUUGUAGAAGAUUAAAGAGUGGUAGGGUGGGAUUAAAAAGUGAUAGGAUGGUAGGGGUGGGAAUUUGUAUAAGAUUAAAGAGGGGUCGUCUUGGAAGAUGAGGAAGGGGUGGGUGAGGUUCUUAUUUUUCUUUUAUAUUUUUAAAUAUUUUUUUAACUUUGUUGAAAUUAAAUCCAUGUGUCCUCGUCUUAUUCGUUACUUGGCGUGUGAAUUACACGUAUCUUUUAUGUUUGGCUGCCUAUUAAAUUUUACGUCUAAAUGACACAGUAAUAACUUUGUUAUAAGGUUUAAAUGGAACAGACUCAAGAUUAAAUGUCAUAGUGAAAAGAAAGGACAAGUUUAAUGGUCUGUCGGUGUAUUUUGCCUUUUUUGUUUUCAAAACUUUGUUGUAGAAUAUUAAUGGAUCUAUACUUUAGCCAUCUUUCAUAUUUUUUUAAUUUAUCACUUUUUAAAAUAUAAAAUUAUCUAAAAAGUUUUGCUAAGUCCUAAUUUUGGUGAUACAUAAUAGAAUAACUGAAAAAUUAGUAUGUACCAUUGCCCCCUAACCGAAAUACACACGUAAUUAGCUGCCAAUUCAAAUUUCAACACCUAAAGGGAACUCUAAACUGUUUCAGAUAAAAAUUUACAUUCAAUUCAAUGAUAGCUCUUCAGCUUCUCCUUCCAUUAUCUUCUCUUCAAAACCCUAACUUUACCUCAAAAACCCCAAAUUUCUCACUUUCCAAAUUCAACCCUUUAUCUAAAACUUUCCAAUUCAAUGAUACCCAUUUCAAUUUUUUCAUCAGAACUCCCAAGAUUCUAACUUUCAAGCAAUUUAGAUGUAAAAAAGCUAAAAAUCAGAGCUUUAUAUGUAAAGGGGUCAAAAAAGACUCAAAUGAAGAGACUUCAAAGGCAGUUUUGGACGGCGGCGGUGGUGGCGACGGCGGCGGAGGUGGUGGUGGAGAUGAUGAGCAAAAUGGGGUUUUGCCAGAAUGGCUGAAUUUUAGUCCGGAUGAUGCAAAAACUGUCUUUUUAGCAGUGGCUGUAUCACUUGCAUUUAGGUCCUUUGUGGCUGAGCCACGGUUUAUACCUUCUUUGUCCAUGUAUCCCACGUUUGAUGUUGGCGAUAGAAUUGUAGCUGAAAAGGUCAGCUACUAUCUCAGAAAGCCUUGUCCCAAUGAUAUAGUAAUAUUCAAAAGUCCUCCAGUCCUUCAGGAAGUAGGAUACACAGAUGACGAUGUCUUUAUUAAGAGGAUUGUUGCCAAGGAAGGUGAUAUUGUCGAGGUUCAUGAAGGAAAACUGAUCAUAAAUGGGGUUGUGAGAAGUGAAGAUUUUCUUCUCGAGGCACCCAAAUACGAAAUGACACCAGUGCGUGUACCUGAGAAUUCAGUUUUUGUGAUGGGUGAUAAUCGGAAUAACAGCUAUGAUUCGCAUGUGUGUCUUAUUUAAAACAGGGGACCGCUACCUGCAAAGAACAUAAUAGGCAGAUCAAUAUUUCGGUAUUGGCCUCCAACAAGAAUUGGCGGGACAGUUCUUCCUCAAGGUUGUGCUGUCGACAAGCAGGAAAAUAGUUUAGCGCCACAGUAGGUUACCUAGCCUGAAAACUUAGGCCACAGUUUCUCCUUUCUUCUUUUUGGUGGUUUUCUUUGUUCUACUCUCUUUCUGCUUUCGGAAUUGACAUGAAAAUGUAAAAAUAAUUAUUUAUUCAACUUAGGGCACUGCAAUUACUGCAGAGCUGAUAACAUGUCUAGUUUGAGGUAGGAUGUAUUGUAUAUUAGCAGGCAUUUGACUCAGUUCUCCUUUCUAAUAAUCUCUCCUUCCAUUUCUUAAA